AGCUGAUAGGAAGACAAGGACAUGAAAUAGCAGCAAAAAUGGAUUCAUACAUGAGAGGGAUGGUGGGUGGUUCAGGAGCAAGCUUGUUUGAAGAACUUGGGUUGUACUAUAUUGGUCCUGUGGAUGGUCAUAAUGUGGAAGACUUGGUUCAUAUCUUGAAUGAUGUCAAGUCCCUCCCUGCACCUGGACCUGUUCUCAUCCAUAUUUUAACUGAGAAAGGCAAAGGCUAUGCUCCUGCUGAGGUUGCAGCUGACAAGAUGCAUGGUGUGGUGAAUUUUGAACCAAAGUCAGGGAAACAAUUGAAGACAAAAUCAAAGACAAAGUCAUACACCUAAUACUUUGCAGAGUCCUUAGUUGCUGAA